AUGUAUUCGGUUGAGUGGCAAAAGCGAGGAUUACCUCAUGCACACAUUUUGGUUUGGUUCAUCGACAAAAUCCGUCCUGAAGAAAUCGAUAGUAUCAUUUCUGCCGAAAUUCCAGAUCCAUCCACUGACCAACUGCUGUUUGAUAUUGUUACAACAAACAUGAUUCAUGGUCCAUGUGGUACUCUUAAUAGUUCAUCGCCUUGCAUGGCUGAUGGAAAAUGUACUAAAAAUUUCCCUAAAGAUUUUACCAAUGAUACGGUCACAAAUGUCGACGGAUACCCAAUAUAUCGUCGAAGAAAUCCUGAAAAUGGCGGACAAUCAUUUAUUAAAAAUAUCAUCAACACAGACAUUGAUAUUGACAAUCGUUGGGUGGUGCCAUAUUCGCCUCUGCUGAGCAAGACAUAUAAUGCUCAUAUUAAUGUUGAGUUAUGCAGUUCUGUAAAGAGCAUCAAAUACAUUUGCAAGUAUGUCCAUAAAGGAAGUGAUAUGGCUGUGUUUAGAGUGGAAAAUACUAAUGUGAAUGCUCCUCAAGUGAAUAAAAACGAUGAAAUAACGCUCUACCAAAUUGGUCGGUACAUCAGCUCCAAUGAAGCUGCUUGGCGUAUCUUUGGUUUUCCAAUUCAUGAACGGGAUCCAGCAGUUGUUCAGUUAGCCAUCCAUCUUGAAAACGGUCAGCGUGUAUUUUUCACGAACGAGACAGCGAUUGAUCGUGCAAUAAAUCCACCUAAAACUACACUCACUGCAUUUUUUGAAUUGUGUAAUCGUGCGGAUGAUUUUGGUGCCUUUGCACGAACAUUACUCUAUUCACAAGUACCACGCUAUUUCACAUGGACUCAAACAAAAACAUGGAUGCCCCGCAAGCAAGGCUCACCAGUUGCUGAAUGUCUCAAUUUAUUUAAAUCAAACGCCUUGGGGCGAUUAUUUACAGUCAAUCCAAGACACACGGAGUGCUUUUAUCUUCGACUGUUGUUGGUUAAUGUUACUGGCCCAUUAUCAUUUCAAGAUAUUCGUAUAGUGAAUGGGCAACAAUAUCCAACGUAUAAAGAUGCAUGUCUUGCACUCGGCUUGCUGGAAGACGACAACCAGUGGGAAUGCAUGCUUGCUGAAGCUGCAUUGAACUGUACAGCAAUACAAAUUCGUCUACUAUUCGCUAUAGUGUUGACUACAUGUUUCCCAGCCCGAGCACAGAUAUUAUGGGAAAAUCACAAAGAUUCAAUGACUGAUGAUAGAUUGCAUCAACAUCGUAUACGGUGCCACGAUCUAACCAUAACAUUCAGCGACGAAAUGUACAAUGAAGCAUUGAUUGCUAUUGAGGAUCUUUGCAUUAUCAUUGCCAACUUACCACUUAGUAAUUUCGGUAUGAAUUCGCCAAAUCGAACUGCAUCUGAUUUAAUUAAUACUGAAAUGAAUCGUGAACUGCAGUACAGUACUGUAGAAAUGGCAGCGAUUGUUGCCAGCAAUGUCCCACUAAUGAAUGAGGAACAAAGAACCAUUUAUGAUCGCAUUAUGCUCGCAGUUUCAGCUGGACAAGGUGGAUUCUUCUUUUUGGAUGCACCGGGUGGAACUGGCAAAACAUUCGUUAUUUCGCUAAUUCUUGCUGAAAUACGAUCAAAUAAUGGCAUCGCAUUGGCCGUUGCAUCAUCGGGCAUUGCAGCAACUUUAUUGGAUGGAGGUAGAACAGCUCAUUCAGUAUUUAAGCUGCCACUAAAUAUCCAGAAUAACCCUGACGCAGUAUGCAACAUUAAGAAACAAUCGUCCAUGGCCACAGUGCUAAAACGGUGUAAAAUUAUUAUUUGGGAUGAAUGUACUAUGGCACACAAACAUUCACUUGAGGCGUUGAACAGGACAUUGAAAGAUAUUAAAAACAGUGACAAACUAUUUGGCGGAACUCUGUUGGUCCUUUCAGGUGAUUUCAGACAAACACUUCCAGUCAUUCCACGUUCAACAUACGCUGAUGAGAUCAACGCUUGCUUAAAAUCAUCUCCAUUGUGGAGUAAUGUUGAAAAAUUACAGCUAAAAAAAAAUAUGCGCGUUCAAAUGCUUCAAGAUCCAUCCGCUGAAACAUUUUCAAAACAACUCUUAGAUAUCGGUGAUGAAACUGGAUACGUAAAAUUACCGACCGAUUUCUGCACAAUCGCUGAUUCGCAAGAUACUCUCAUUGAACAAAUAUUUCCCGAUAUACACACACAGUACAUAAAUCAUGAGUGGCUUGCAGAAAGAGCGAUUUUAGCGGCAAAAAAUGUAGACGUUGACAAUUUAAAUCUGAAGAUACAAAUGUUGUUGCCAGGGAACUUGGUAUCAUAUAAAUCCAUUGAUACAGUUUGCGACGACAGCGAAGCAGUAAAUUUUCCCACAGAGUUUUUGAACUCACUGGAUUUGCCAGGCAUGCCACCGCAUAAUUUACAAUUAAAGAUGUGCCAAUUCAAUUCAAACGUAUUCAGUUUCCAAUUAGAUUGGCAUUUGCAAUGA